UUAUAGAGGUUUAAAUUUCCCAGUAUAUGACGUAUGCUGUGACUCUCUCCUAACGACACCACAAGCCCCGCCUACAAAGUUGAAUUCCACCAAUCCCGUUCAGAUCACCCGGUGUGACCACGCCCAUCCAGGAAGUGUGCCGGCAUAGAUUUAUUCUUUUAUUUUAUUUUCUCUUUUCUUUUUUUUUCAUUUAAUGUAAACAAACGGGGCGUGUUUUUAUCGUAGUUCCAUCAUCAUGCCGUCCUCUCUUGUUCGUCCCUCCGUUGUUUGCGCUUUAGCGAUAUUUUUACGGCUAUCAGCGGCGAAACGGAGACAUGAGAGAAGAAGAAGACGCCUUCGACAGCUGCUGCUGCUGGCGGAUCAGUUUGUGACUGUUCACCCAGCAUCAUACUGCAGACUGAACCACCGCGCUCCCAUCCUCCGGCUGUGGUUUGAGGUAGAGUCUGAGUUGAAGCAGGAUUUCCACCUGAGCAGACGAGCCAUGCACGCCCUGCAGAGGCUCCUGCAGAAGGAUCAGGACCACGGCUGGGGUAACGAGCUGGAGGUCCUGAUCUACGUCUACUGGCUGGCUCAUGGACUGUCCUACCGCGUCGUGUCUGGGGUUUUCAACGUACCAAGAUCCACAGUCCACCGCAUCAUCCAUAAGGUUGCUCAGAGGAUAUGGCUGCACCUCAGUCUGGCCAUUUCUUUCCCCCGUGCUGAAGAUCUUCACAAGGUUGGACAAGGAUUUGUGGACCAGUCUGGCACAGCAGUGUUUAACGAAGUUGUGGGUGUGAUUGACUGUACACAUAUUAGAAUAAAAGCUCCCCAACAGCACCAGUUUGAUUAUCUGAAUGCGAAGGGGUUUUAUUCAAUAACCAUUCAGGCCAUAUUUGAUUCAAAUGGAAGGUUCCUGGACAUCUUUGUUGGUUAUCCGGGAUCGGUUCCUGACGCAGGAGUUAUGAGGAACAGCAGCUUUUACCAGGCGAGACGCUACCCUCCCCCUAGUUACAUCCUUCUGGGUGAUGAAAGCUACCCGUGUCUGGAUGCCCCGAUCUGCCUGAUCACACCUUACACGGAGCCCGUCGACAGACCGGGACAAGCGCUCUUUAACUGUCAUCAUUCCAAAGCACGCAGCGUGGCUGACAGGGCGUUUGGAGUGAUGAAGACUCGAUGGAGGUCUACUCUUUCAAACACCCUGGAGGUCAAACCAGCAUUCGCCUCUCAGGUUGUUUCAUCGUGCGCUUUUUUGCACAACGUGUGUAUGGAUAAUGGGGACGUUCUGGAGCCGGACGACAACAUCGCGCAGGACCCUCUUCCUCCUCAGGAGUUCCUGACAGACGAAGAGACAUCUGGAAUCGCCACCAGAGACCGACUGGCUGCCUUGAACGUGUCUGUGCUCCAGGAACAAAUCACUUUUUCUACUGUUUAAAAUUGACUUGGGUUUUUGAUGGCAGAAGAUAAUAUGAAGCAUGCUUUCUCCCUGCAAACUUAAGGUUGCUGUCUCUAAACUUAUAGAAUAUUAGACAGGUGUUCUCAGAACAUACAGGUUAUUUUUCCUGGAACACACCCAUCAUUAAACAGAGUUUGAGGCACUUGGGCAGGGAGGCUGUCAUGAAUUUUGGGCUCUUGAAAUUUACCUAAUUUUACCCAAUUUAUACAACGCCCCUGCCUCCUCUUAAAAUGCUGUUAUUGCGAGCAUAACUCAACCUUCUGGGAACAAUAAGCGGCCAUCAGAGCACAAACGAUUGGUUGGUAGCCUGACGGUCAUCUUUUACAUGUGAGCAACCAGUUUUGAUUAUCACCACUUUUAACUUGUUGAUCCACUAUGCAAAGGUUCUUUUGUCCAGAGGACCUAUCCAAUAUUUUUUUUUUAAUUUCUACCUGGAUUAUCUCAUCAAGACACUUCCUGAGCUCUUAAUGGCCAGGUCCCCUGAACCCUGUAAAUUACUUUUUGGAACUUACAAGUUACUAUACAGGUAC